AUGGCGACAGAUACAGCCUCGUCAAACAGUCUGUUCCCCUCCCAGAUCUCUAUGGUCACACUAGCUAAAUUUGAUUUUUCCCCGCCAGUGAUUGGUCACGAAACGGGCCCCAUUACACCAGACCCUGGCCCUGGCCCUUCGACGGAGGCAAGAGUGGCUGUUCAAGAUGUCGUGAAUACUGAUGCUGAGACCGCAGGUCCACCAAAGCCAAAGACUGAAAAAGAGCGUAUGAACACCCCCCUAUUCUUUGAUAGUGGCAUAUUGAAGGAAGGAGCGGGCGGUGGCUUAUCGUGCGUGUUCGGGAUAGUUGAAAAGGAACGCAAGAGAGCCGAAAAGGAGGCUAGGUUUGCCGCGAAAAAGGCAAAGGCUGACGAGGCUAAAAAGAACGCUCCUCCAAAAGCUGGGAAAAAAGAGAAGAAGGUAGAGACUGCUGCUGAGCCAUAUGUAGAGGAGACUCCUGCAGGACAGAAGAAGAGUGGGUUACACCGUUCACUUAUUAUUAUUAUUAUUUUCCGGAAAUUGAAGGGCUGAGAUAGGGCGACAGUUCUGAAAUCUCUUGAUGAUCCGGCGUACAAGUCUUACAAUCCGGAGGUUGUCGAAUCAGCGUGGUACGACUGGUGGGAGAAGGAGGGAUUCUUCGAGCCGGAGUUCACGUCUGAAGGUGGAAUUAAGCCGGAGGGGAUGUUCAUGGUUCCGGCUCCUCCACCAAAUGUUACCGGCGCUUUGCAUAUUGGGCAUGGCUUAACCAUCGCUAUUCAGGAUACCAUGAUCAGAUGGUUUGUCGCCUCAAUUCGGUGAGGGGGAUAAUUGGGCUAAUGGUUUCGUAGGAAUCGGAUGCUGGGGAAGACGGUCCUUUUCCUGCCUGGAUUCGACCACGCAGGUAUUAGCACGCAGAGUGUGGUUGAGAAAAUGCUUUGGAAGAAGGAGAAGAAGACCCGACACGAUCUUGGGCGGGAGGUAUUCACAAAACUGGUGUGGGAAUGGAAAGAGGAGUACCACACCAGGAUCAAGAACCAGCUCAAGAAAAUGGGGGCGUCUUACGAUUGGACCAGAGAAGCCUUCACCAUGGACGAGAACUUGUCAAAGGCUGUCGCGGAAACUUUUGUCCGUCUACAUGAGGAGGGGAUCAUCUAUAGGGCCAAUCGUCUCGUCAACUGGUGCUGUAAACUCAACACUACCCUAUCAAACUUAGAGGUGGACAACGUCGAGCUCAAGGGCCGUACAAUGCUUUCGGUUCCGGAUUAUGACGAAAAGGUUGAGUUUGGUAUGAUUGUAUCUUUUGCGUACCCUAUCGAGGGUAGCGAUGAGAGGAUUGUUGUGGCAACCACCCGUCCCGAGACAAUGUUAGGAGAUAGCGCUAUCGCCGUCCAUCCAGAUGACGAGCGCUACAAGCACCUCCAUGGCAGGUGUGCCAAGCAUCCUUUCAUUGAUCGCCUACUCCCUAUUAUCACCGAUACGUAUGUUGAGAGGGACUUUGGUACCGGCGCUGUCAAAAUCACCCCUGCGCAUGACCCUAACGAUUAUGCCCUUGGCGAACGGCACAAAUUGGAUUUCAUCAACAUUCUGAACGAUGACGGCAGUUUUAAUGAGAAUGCCGGCGAGCAUUUCAAGGGAAUGAAGAGGUUUACUGCUAGGAAAGCUGUCGUCGAGGAGCUGGAGAAGUUGGGACUUUACGUGGAGACGAAGGAUAAUCCCAUGAGCGUGCCGCUGUGUAAUAAAUCGAAGGAUAUAAUUGAGCCCAAGAUGAAGCCACAAUGGUGGGUACGACAAAAGGCCCUCGCUGAUACCGCUAUGGAAGCUGUGCGCAAUGGCGAGAUCAAGAUUAGACCUGCCACAUCUGAGAAGGAUUUCUUCAUCUGGCUCGAGAAAAUUCAAGAUUGGUGUAUUUCUAGGCAGCUUUGGUGGGGGCAUCAGGCGCCGGCUUGGUCCAUUCACUUUGAGGGUGAAAAUGUCGCCGAUUUUGACUACACUAACAAUGACAACUGGGUGGUGGCCCGCACUGAGGAGGAUGCCCAGGAAAAGGCUGCGAAGCUGAACCCCAACAAGAAGUUCACUUUAGAGAGAGACCCUGAUGUCUUGGAUACCUGGUUUUCCUCUGGUCUUUGGCCGUUUUCUACCUUGGGCUGGCCCGAGAAGGUAUUUCCCGCCUGUGAUUUUGUACCCGCUGUUACUGAUGAUUGCUUGUAGACACCAGACAUGUCAAACUUUUACCCCAAUUCUCUCCUCGAGACCGGAUGGGAUAUCUUGUUCUUCUGGGUUGCCCGCAUGGUCAUGCUUGGUAUAAAAAUGACAGGAAAGGUCCCUUUCAACGAGGUUUUCUGUCACUCGCUUGUGAGAGAUUCAGAUGGCCGCAAAAUGUCCAAGUCGCUCGGAAACGUUAUCGAUCCGUUGGACAUCAUUAGUGGCAUCUCACUAGAUAAACUGCAUGCAAAGUUACUGCUAGGAAACUUGGAUCCCAAGGAGGUGGCGCAAGCAACCAACUACCAAAAGACAGCUUUCCCGGAUGGCAUUCCUCAAUGCGGUAGCGAUGCAAUGCACUUCGCCUUCUGCCAUUACACCACUGGUGGUAGGGAUAUCAACAUGGAUAUUAAGGUUGUUGAUGGUUACAGGAAAUUCUGCAACAAGAUGUAUCAGGCUACUAAGUUUGCUUUGAUGAGAUUGGGAGAUGGCUUUGUUCCCAGACCUGACUCCAGGAAGACCGGCAAGGAGUCCUUGGUUGAGCUGUGGAUAUUACACAAAUUCAAUAAGGCCGCUGAGAAUUCCAAUAAAGGAUUAGAGGAGCGCAACUUCCUCUUGGCUACUGACGAGAUUUACCGGUAUUGGCUAUACGAGCUGUGCGAUGUGUACAUCGUGAGAUUCCCAAACCUAUCUCUUCGGAUUAUAAACUAACAAUUGGGGGAAUGAAGGAAAACUCGAAACCCCUUAUUUUGGAGGGCACUGAAGAACAGAAACGUUCGGCUCAAGACACCCUGUACACAUGUCUUGAGGGAGCGCUGCUGUUGAUCCAUCCUUUCAUGCCGUUCGUUACGGAAGAGCUCUGGCAGCGCCUCCCAAGGCGUCCCAAUGACACCAAUCCAACCAUCGUCAAGGCUGGAUAUCCAAGAUACACCGAGGAACUAGAUAACCCCAGCGCUGAGAGGUCUUAUGACCUCGCAUUCUCUGUCGUCAAGGGUAUCCGUUCAAUGCAAGCUGAAUACGGGGUGAAAGACAAGGCAGAAGGUAAUUUUCCCCACCACCCGUCGUUAUGACUAAACCGCUAACUAUCCCUAGCAUACAUCCAUGCUAAGGACGCCGAAACCUUCUCUACUACCUCGGACCAGAAGCCAAGUAUCUGUGCACUCGUCAAGGGCCUUGAAUCACUCCGAAUCCUGGGAGAAAAUGAUUCGCUCCCAGAAGGUUGUGGCGCUUUUGUCAUUUCAGAAAUCUGUACUGUGUACCUUCUCGUUAAAGGCCGCAUAGACGUCGAUGCAGAAAUUGGGAAGACAAAAAAGAGGAUCGCAAAGGCGGUUGAGAGUAGAAAGAGGCUAGAGAAGGCUCGCGCUGUCAAGGACUAUGUCAUAAAGGUGAGGGCUGAAGUCCAGGAGGCGGACAGAAUCCGACUCAGUGAGAUGGUGGCGGAAGAGAAGACUCUGCAGGAGCUAGUGGCGAAAUUCGAGGGGCUACGGACAUGAUAUAGUGGUGUCCCAUUUUUUCUUUUUUCUUUUAUGCUGUUGGGUGAUUUUCCGGUAGAGUGUGAAUAAAAUGUUCAUUGCCGUCUUUCUCACCCGAGUGAGGCUUGGUGAUUUUCGUGGGGUGUAUCUGAGUCGCAGGGCAGGGAUGGAUUCUGCGGAGUACCGCUCGAGCGCCCUCCGGCUUGCGGUUCUUUUGAAGCUUGCAUUUUUAUGAUGGCCCCGAUCCUAUUGUAGACGCCUUGAUACUGGACUGAUCGCUCGUCCCCGAGGCAAGUACCUGAGGAAUUCCAAGAUCCCGCCAGGCGCCGAGCCGCCCUCAUAAAGAACCCCAGCGAGCCCCCCCCCCAACCAACCAACCAGACAACGACAUCGGACCGCUACCAGCACAGCACAGAGCACCCUCAUAUUUUUCCCAAAACAUCUCCGCAGAAUCCCCCACAUUCAUACUUGCCCAAAUUCCGAAUCCGAAAAAGUGGUAGCAUGGUAUUGGAAUUCUCGUCCAUGGUGUUUUUUCAUGUUGGAGUUUGGGCGUUUAUUCCCUUCCUUUCCUCUUUUCUAUUUAUUUUUAUUACCUGUACUGUACUAUACUUGUAUUACACGUCGGGUCGCUAACUCUCGUGCUUGCUUUGUUGGCGAGGGAGGGGGUGGUGAUGUCGGUGUGAUAGAUAGAUAGACAGCGGUAUGAGAAUACCAUAUGUAUCAUACCAAAUACAUGCUAUUAGGAAACCUAGACUUGUCUACUGGGGUACCGUACCGCACAGCAUCUCACACCUACCAACCGUAUGAUACCCGAGCGCCGGUAUAGCGUCAGUGGAGGUGACCAAGUAACCAGACGGCGCCGGCACUAGCUAUCAUAUCAUAGGUGCGGUAUGGGUACGACACGAUAUCAGUCCCAGCAGUUUGUCCAAUUCGCUACGAUACUAUAUGCAUAAUGGAAAGUAGGGUAUCUGAGCACAGCACAGCAUCACCAACCCCUCACUCUUGAUCGCUGUGAAUUUCUAUGACACGCAAGAGAGAGAGAGAGAGAGAAUGAAGCUUGAUCCUUUUCUGCCGCAUAGACUACCAUUGCGGGUUUACAUCAUAAACCCAAAAGAAACCGAGAAAAGAGAAGAACCGAAGAGGACCGAGGAAUUCCGAGGCUGGUAUGAUAUGAUAACCUCGGAGAAAGGGGAAAGAAAAGAAAAGAAAAGAAAUACCCGAGGAAGUCUCUGAAAGGGAAAUACUAAGUUACAUAUGAGAACCUCGGAGGAAGAGAAAGAAAUGCGAAACGGAAAAGGUAUCAUACCAUGACUGUGUAUAGCAUGGCUUGUGAUAUUGUGAGACGAGCAUGGAGGUGAAAAGUCGAAUGAAGUCUAAAGGUGAGGGGAGUAGUGGGAAAUUAUGAUACUCGAGUAUAGAGAGCUUGGCACAAUA